AUGACGCGAAUAAAAUCCGCCGUCGCUUUCGGAGCGCUGCUCCCGACGGCAUUAUGUCUUCCACAAAACGCACCAACCGAUUUGAAGGGCCAUGGGAAAAGAUAUGAUAUGCCGCCGGCGGAAGAGCGCGCUCAAGCUGUCGUAGAUGCAUUUAGGACCGCAUGGGAUGGGUAUUACACAUACGCGUUUCCGAACGACGAGCUGAAGCCCGUAUCCAAUAGCUUCAGUAACUCGCGGAAUCAAUGGGGUGCCUCCGCCGUGGACGCGCUUAGCACAGCGCUGGUAAUGCAACAAAAAGACAUUGUCAAUCAGAUCAUAGAAUACAUCCCGACAAUCAAUUAUUUCCAGACGCCAACGGAGGUCUCUUUGUUCGAGACGACGAUUCGGUAUUUGGGCGGCAUGCUCGCCGGCUAUGACUUCCUCUCUGGACCACUAGCCGAUCUCGCAGACAAUAAGACCAACGUCGACGCGCUCCUCACUCAAUCCCAAAACCUGGCGAAUGCGCUGUCGUACGCAUUCGACACACCGUCUGGCGUCCCGUACAACAAUCUGGACUUCAACAACCGCAGUAAUGACGGCGGCGUGAACGGACUUGCAACCGUUGGUACUCUCGUCCUCGAAUGGGUUCGCCUAUCCGACUUGACCGGGAACACGACCUAUGCCUCCCUCACCGAGAAGGCGGAAUCGUACCUCCUCAACCCAUCUCCACCUUCCAGCGAACCCUGGCCUGGACUUCUAGGAAUGGACAUCAGUCCUAUAAACGGCUCGUUCCUUGACGCGCACGGAGGCUGGAUCGGAGGUGCCGAUUCCUUCUACGAGUACCUGAUCAAGAUGUAUGUGUACGACCCGGACCGGUACUCUACGUACAAGGAUCGUUGGGUCCUAGCAGCCGAUUCUACAAUUGCGCAUUUGACUUCGCAUCCUGCCCCGCGCCCAGAUCUGACCUGGGUGGCGAUGUACGACGGCCAGAACCUCUCACUGGUAUCGCAGCAUCUCGCUUGCUUCGAUGGUGGAAAUUUCAUCCUCGGUGGCCAGGUCCUUAGAAAGCAGGAAUACAUUGAUUAUGGUCUUGAGUUGGUGAAUGGGUGUCAUGAGACGUAUAUCGCGACCGCCACUGGUAUCGGGCCGGAGGUCUUCGGCUGGGACAGUGCAGACGUUCCGGCCGACCAGGCUGCUUUCUUCAACAAAUCCGGCUUUUAUAUCCGAAACGCAAACUACCAACUGCGUCCCGAGGUGAUCGAAUCCUUCUAUUACGCGUAUCGGGCGACGGGCGACACGAAGUAUCAGCAGUGGGCCUGGGAUGCUUUUCUAGCGAUCAACGCGACGACGAGGGUUGGGUCGGGGUAUUCGAGCAUCGAGAACGUGAACGUGGAGGGUGGCGGGGGAUUUACCGAUUUCCAGGAGAGCUUUUGGUUCGCGGAGGUGUUGAAGUACAGCUAUUUGAUUCAUGCGCCUGAGGCGGAAUGGCAGGUUAGUAAAGGUGGGAAUAACGCGUGGGUGUUUAAUACGGAGGCGCAUCCCUUCAAGGUGUUUAGUGGGAGUUCGUAA